AUGCGGGUCGGUAUCGUGUUCGCAUACGGUGACCGUAUCGAUACGUCUGGUAUGGUGGCUCAACUUUUCCAGGGGGGCAGAAAUAACUACUCCGUAGUUGAUGGACAAGAACAAGAAAAAGGGCACACGGCUGUGGCGCGAUUCGCCCUAUCUAAGGAGGGUCCUGAAAUGAGGAAGGAUAAGGAUAAUAGCGAUAAUGGUAAUAUCUUGCACCCCCGGGGUGACGAUGACGAUGUCGUUUCAACCGGUUCCCGGUCGAGCAAAACAAGAGGCAGCCAGCAGCUGUCGAAACUCGUGUCUGGGGAAAAAAAAGGGCAGUUGGUCUUAUGGCAUCAAGCAGCGCAUAGCAACGGCCACCGCACACCUGCCCAAGAUUCCACUGGCAGUGCUAAUCAACACUUCUCCCCUCCUGGUCUGCGUGAAGCCCGAGGUUUGGGCUGCAAGAAGAGCGCAGCAGACGGAGACAGGGUCGAAGAAGGCAGAAUGUGCGGAUCCCAUAACUCUGGUCAUUGGUCGAUCUUUUCUGGGGAAUAUACUGGCGACAAUAAUGAAUGCCCUGACGUGCUCCUUUCGCGACCCGCAAGUCGACGUUCAGGGUGCUCGCUAAAAGGUGCUACGAUGAACCGACCUCAACACCGUUUGCAGGCGAACCCGGAAGCCGUACGGAAGGUGACGGGCCCCGUUGAUAAAAAGGUGUUCGUUCCCUGCCAGGCUGCCAGGGCUCACACUACUGGCAGGCCAAGAGGACCGUCGAACAAUUGA